AUGACGAAUCUAUUUGGAAGAUUUGGGCAAGUCACACCCUCACCAUCCGCACCACAACCAACCGCGGCUCCACCAGCAGCAACACCUCUAGCCGGUGCUCAUCCACCAAAACAACCGGGCGGCCUCGCUCAUCGGCGACAACUUGCUGAUGAAAUUAAACACCCGACCCAAGGCCAAAAGGAUCGCUUCAAUCGCUCCACUGGCAACAUCAUGGGCACGGGCAUUGAAAGAUUGAAAGAAUUGGAGACGAAUUUGAAGGAUGUACUCUGUUUGGAUCAGCCGCGUGUCAUUUUACAGGGCAAAGACGACUACAUUCACGUCAAUUACGUCAAGGAAGAUCCAUUGCUGAACAACUUCAUUUGUGCCCAAGGUCCACUGAUUUUUGGUUUUCUUGAUUGUGCAAGAACGAGUGGAAAACAUUAUCAUGUUGUGUCAAGU